UUGUUUACGAGGGCGUUCGGGCGUUGCUCCGCGUAGCGCACGACGCAGCUUUUCGAAUUUAAAAAUAAUUCCUAUUUGCCGUAUCGCGUCCAUAAAUCGCGCCCAUAACACCAUAACUGACAAUAUAAAGCCGAUGACUCAGUGCUAUUAAGCCUUAACUUAACUUUAUUUUUAAACGCUGAUCUGAUUCUACCUAUUGUGUAUUUUAGACACGUUUUAGUGUUAAACUGAACAAAAUAAACACUUAAAGCGAAACCAGUCGCGCGGCUUUAAAAAGCAAACAAACAAAGUCGAACCGAACUUUUGCCGUUACUAAACGUACCUGAUUAAAAAAAUGUAAGUUGUUUAUGGACCCAAAAAAAAUAAGCAAAAUGGAUUGGCGCGAAAAACUUUUCGGUCGUGUGCUAGUGAAGUGCGAUUCCCCUGGGACCCAGAAUGGGAAAUUCGAAAAUGUGCCGACGUUGGGGGCUUUGUCCGACUGCGUUGAAGAUGGGGAGGGUGCUGUGUGUGGGAUAUAUUUCUCGUUCGCCAACAUAAGCGACACAAGUGACGACUUCGGUGUUCGCUUGGAGGAGGUUUACAGGCGGGUGUCUCCGAGGCUGAAGGUGGUGGAAGUUGUGUUGUGGGCCCACGUCGGCACCCCUGAAGGCCCGGUGGAGAGGGAAGCAGGGUUUCGGCGCACUCUGACUGGAAAGCCGUGGUUCGCGGUGCCCUUUCAUGAUGUAGACACGAAGCGACGACUCACUCAAAAAUACAGCAUCGCAGUUGGAGUGCCAACCUUGGUGAUCAGAGGCCGGGCUGUCAGGGACGCUUUACUCAAGGAUCCUAAAGGGGAAAGAUUCCCUUGGCCAGCUCCGCCAUUGGACGAGGUGUUACGAGGCGUGGAGUUAGAAGGAGAAGAGAAAAAGAAGUACGAAGAGCUACCGCCAGAUGCUGUCAGGGUGUUCUACUUUGCCGCUCAUUGGUGCCCACCAUGCCGCUCUUUCUCGCCCAGUCUGUGCGCAGCGUUAUCAGCAGUUCGGAAGAGGAGGACCAAAUACGCAAACACGCAACUGAUUCUCGUAUCCAGCGACAGGUCAGAGCAGUCCUACGCCCGCACCCUAGCGUCAUUAUCAUCGGUCAACGCGCUUGCUAUACCGUGGUCAGCGAGCGAUGCGCGGCUCACCUUGCCAACGGCACUGGGCGUCGCUGGCAUACCGGCGCUGUUCAUCACGGACGCCAACGGCAAAGUGCUCACUGCCAACGGGAGGCAGCAUCUAGCCGCAGAUCCACUUGGAUUGAACUUCCCCUGGGCCCAGCGACCAGUGUCCGUGCUGAACGAGCAAGCCCUGCUGAAGAUGGCACGCCACCCGGCAGUCAUACUGUUCAUUGAUGACGAAGAUUCGGAAAUCGAAUUCUCCGAGUCAGUCCUGACGCCCUCCGCAGAAUCCUACUACGAGGAGUGCAGCAUCCAGUACCCAGGCUUCUGCCCCUACCAGAACUCCUCGGACGACGAAACCAUGGACUUCGACUACACCACUACCAAAACCUCGUCGAGAACGAGGAAGAAGUCGUUCAAACACGUCAUGUUCUACAUUGGCAUCGACGGUACUGACAGUGCUGACAUGAUCAGGGAACACAUCGGCCUGGACGAUGCGGUCCCCCUACUGACUGCUAUAGACUUCCCCAAACAGCGCAUGGUCACCAUGAAGUACGGGGACGAAAUCACCACAGAUUCGGUACAGAACUUUGUCGAUUCGUUCCUAAGUGGGAACGCGGAUUUUAAACCCCUCAAGCCUUAUAGUGAGAAAUGUUAAGUUAUAUUGCACCAAAAAAAAUUGUAGCCUGUCGGAUAUAAUGUAAUUUUAAGACCUAUAAUUAACUGAUUCAAUAUCAGCAUUGCUUUAGGACCUGGAACGAGAGAGGUGCGAGGGUCAAAAUAUUCUCCUUCUAUACGAGUUUAAAAAAACUUUAGGGAACACACUACAAUAUAUUCCGCCUCAUAAGUUUUCGUCUUAUUACUGUCAAAACAUUAAACAAAUAACUACGAAUGUAACAGCGUUGUUUAAGAAUAGUUUUUUUUUUUUUGUAUUUAUCAAAUAAAACAAUCACAUUAAAAU